AUGCCCACGCCGGAAGAAGCUUCGACGUCGUCCACCCCUGCUCCUACGUUCAAAUCUUUGGGCCUCAUUGACCCUCUACUCGAGGCUCUUGACCAAUUGAACUUCAAGACCCCCACGGAUAUCCAAGCUGAAGCUCUUCCGCAUGCGUUGCAAGGCAGAGAUAUCAUCGGUGUAGCAUCUACCGGGUCGGGAAAGACGGCAGCAUUUGCUCUUCCUAUUCUGCAAAAACUAUGGGAAGAACCGAAGGGCUUGUUCGCCUGCGUCCUCGCACCGACGCGAGAGUUGGCGUACCAGAUAUCACAGCAUUUUGAAGGCUUGGGAGCCGCCAUGGGGGUCAGAUGCGCAACAAUCGUAGGAGGGAUGGACACGAUGUCCCAAGCAGUCGCACUGGCUAAGCGACCACACAUAGUGGUCGCUACCCCGGGACGUCUGAACGACCACCUGGAGAAUACGAAAGGUUUCAGUUUACGAGGGUUGAAGUUUCUGGUCAUGGACGAGGCCGACCGACUGCUUGACAUGGAUUUCGGUCCCAUCAUAGACAAAAUCCUGAAAGUCAUCCCGCGAGAGCGCACCACGUACCUUUUCUCGGCGACAAUGACUACGAAGGUCCAAAAGCUACAGCGGGCCAGUUUGUCGAACCCUGUUCGGGUUGAAGUGUCCGAAAAGUACUCUACUGUAUCGACGUUGUUGCAAUAUUAUCUCUUUAUGCCAUUGCCUCAGAAGGACGUGCAUCUCGUCUACCUUGCGAACUCACUGGCGCAAAACUCCAUCAUCAUCUUCACUCGGACUGUUCAUGAUGCCCAACGGGUAUCAAUCAUACUACGGACAUUAGGCUUCCCGGCUGUUCCGUUACAUGGACAGCUAAGCCAAAGCGCACGUCUCGGGGCACUAGCCAAGUUCAAGAGUGGUGGGCGAAAGGUGUUGGUUGCGACCGACGUUGCGAGCCGUGGACUGGACAUCCCUCACGUUGACGUCGUGAUCAACUACGACGUACCUACGCAUUCCAAAGACUACAUUCACCGAGUCGGCCGUACAGCCCGAGCCGGUCGCUCUGGAAAGUCAAUUACGCUGGUGUCCCAGUACGACGUCGAGUUGAUCCAGCGCAUCGAGGGAACGCUAGGAGGCAAACAGAUGGAGCUAUGGCCGACAGAUGCGGAGGAGAUUGCGCUACUGCGGGAGCGGGUGGAUGAAGCGGGAAGAGUAGCCGUGCAUGAGAUGAAGGAUCAGGGAUCCAAGGGUGGUCACGGGAAGAAACGACGGAGGGACGCAGGUGGGGCGGACGACAGAGACAGAGAUGACGAUGUGGUAGAGGCAGGGAUGCCUACAAAAAAGAGAAGCAAAGGCCGAAGGUGA